AAUGACAGAAAGCCAUCUGGAGCGGGCCGGAUUUUAGGUCUCAGUCACAUUGCGCCUCAAUUCCAUGGGUGGCUGAACGCCUGUUUCACACAGACCAGACAUGCCUGAGAACCAUGAAUCCUUCAAUUUUCAACUGAGUGUUGAUGCCUAGCUGUCGUGGCUGUCAAUCGCGCGUCAUCCCAUCAUUGCUUCUCUCAGCCCCGGUCAAGACGCUUGAGACUUGGCCAAGAGCCCCGGCGUGCUCGUGUUCAUUUGAGAGCGUCUAACAUGAGGGCUGUGCACAACUAGUGCUUUGUAUGGCGCUGCAGGACUCCGUGGAUCACGUGGAGACCAAAGCGCGACUCAUACUCAUCGCUCACGAUUCCCUGCCCCCGAGCAUCCCGUCUCACCUCAUCCAUUUUUCUUCAGACUCAUCGACGGCCAUCGUUACAGUCAUCAUGGUCUCAUUAGGCGGCGUCUUCCUUCUUUUCAUGUUUCUAGCGACACAAGCGUUGACACGCGAUAUUCCGAGCAAUGUGAAAGACUUCUAUGAGUUCGUCCGCGGGCGGAACAAGUGCCAUCACACGUUAGCAAGCGGGUUUCACAGCAGUGAGGGUGACAGCGGAGAUUUUAGCUACUGCGGAGAUUACCUAGAUGACUACAAAAUCAUAUAUCUCCAAGGAAAAAAUGGUGAGCUGGCCAACAUGGACGUGGACUGCGAUGGCGAGCAAGCCGGAGGCGACGGACGAUGCGGCAGCUCCACCGACACUCAAUCUGAGACGACAUUCCGCGACCAACUGAGGAGUUAUGGAACUGGGCGACGAGAUCUGAACGCCUCGGUACACACCUAUGUUGUUUUCGGGAAUGAAGGCACUAAAAGCGGCUGGCCUACAUUCAAUCCAGAAAAGCAUGGCGUCAAACCACUCAGCGUAAUGGCUGUCGUGUGCAAUAAUAAAUUGCUGUAUGGAGUUUGGGGAGAUACGAAUGGUGACGAUGGGCCUCAAGCCAUGGUAGGUGAGGCAUCCAUAUCACUAGCCACUGCGUGCUAUGGCAAUAGUAUCAACGGCAACUCAGGACACGAUGACAAUGAUGUGCUAUAUAUUGCCUUCACGGGUGAUGAAGCUGUUCCUGGAGGAAGCGGGGCGAAUUGGAUGGCACCAAAUGCCGAGAACUUUCAAAGCAGCAUUUCAGAUCUUGGGAACAAGCUCAUUGAGCGGGUUGGGAGUGGGGUGAAUGGCAGGCCCUUCGGAGAUCAAUGGGUGAUCUUUUCUACGGUUUUCUUCGGAAUUAGCCUACUCCUAUUUUAGUAAUACUCAAAAGAUGAACCGGAAACCUAAGUUCUCCUCUC